AUAAUUUAAAAAAAGAGAGAGAGAGAAGAAAAUGAAACUGGGAUUAAGUAACCUGUCCAAGAUCACAGUCGGUGGAAGAGCAAGAACGCAAAGCCAGGUUUUCUUUUCUGACUGUAGUUUGAGCAAGAAGAUGCUAUCUCUGUCCAUCAGAUGGCCACUGGCAACCAUGCUGUUUCUACCGUCCUCACUGUUGAUUCUCUUAACUGUGUCAACUCCUUCGUGGUGUCAGAGCAGUGGCACGAUGUCUCCAAAAGCUAGUAAUGGGACUCCGUUCCCCUGGGAGAAAAUGCGACUUCCGGAGCACAUCAUCCCCGUUUAUUAUGAUCUCUUGAUCCACGCAAAUCUCACCACUCUGACUUUCGAGGGAACCACGGAGAUAGAAAUCAUAGCCAGCAAGCUUACUAGUGCCAUCGUCCUGCAUAGUCACCUCCUGCAAAUAUCUAAGGCCACCCUCAAGAGGAGAGACGCAGAGAGGCUGUCUGCAGAACCCUUGAGAGUCCUGGAGUACCCGCCUCAUGAACAAAUCGCACUUCUGGCUCCCGAGCCUCUGGCUGUUGGGAUCCCGUACACAGUUGUCAUUGACUACGCUGGCCAUCUUUCUGAGCAUUUAAAUGGAUUCUAUAAAAGCACUUACAGGACCAAGGAAGGGGAAGUGAGAGUACUUGCAUCAACACACUUUGAACCUACUGCAGCCAGAAUGGCCUUUCCCUGCUUUGAUGAACCUGCCUUCAAAGCGAAUUUUUCAGUCAAGAUCAGAAGGGAGCCAAGACACCUCGCCAUCUCCAAUAUGCCACUGGUUGAAUCUGUGACUGUUGCUGAAGGACUCAUAGAAGACCAUUUUGAUGUCACUGUGAAGAUGAGCACCUACCUGGUGGCCUUCAUUAUUUCAGAUUUUGAGUCUAUUAGCAAGAUGACCAAGAGCGGAGUCAAGGUUUCCAUAUAUGCUGUGCCAGACAAGAUCCAUCAGGCAGAUUAUGCACUGGAUACCGCAGUGACUCUUCUAGAAUUUUACGAGGAUUAUUUCAGCAUUCCAUAUGCCUUACCCAAACAAGAUCUUGCCGCUAUUCCGGACUUUGAGAGUGGUGCUAUGGAAAACUGGGGACUGACCACAUACAGAGAAUCUAGUCUCUUGUUUGACGUUGAGAAGUCUUCGGCAGAAGAUAAGCUUGGCAUUACUAUGAUAGUGUCGCAUGAACUCGCCCACCAGUGGUUUGGGAACCUCGUCACCAUGGAAUGGUGGGAUGAUCUUUGGUUAAAUGAGGGAUUUGCCAAGUUUAUGGAGUUUGUGUCGGUCAGUGUGACUCAUCCUGAACUGAAAGUUGAUGAUUAUUUCUUCGGCAAGUGUUUUAAUGUGAUGGAGGUAGAUGCAUUAAAUUCUUCACAUCCUGUUUCAACAGCUGUGGAGGAUUCUGCUCAGAUUCGGGAGAUGUUUGAUGACGUUUCUUAUGAAAAGGGAGCUUGUAUUCUGAAUAUGCUAAGGGAUUAUCUCGGUGCCGACGUAUUUAAAAGCGGUAUUAUACAGUAUCUCCAGAAGUACAGCUACAAAAACACAAGGAAUGAGGACCUGUGGAAUAGUAUGGCAAGUAUUUGCCCUACAGAUGGCGCAGAAAGGACGGAUGGCUUUUGCUCCAGGGGUCCACACUCAUCUUCAGCCUCACACUGGCGACGGGAGGGCCUUGAUGUGAAAACCAUGAUGAACACGUGGACGCUGCAGAAGGGCUUUCCCCUGAUAACGGUCACGGUGAGGGGGAGGAACGUGCACAUGAGGCAGGAGCACUACAGGAAAGCACCCGAGGACGCCUCAGAAACCGGGUACGUGUGGCAUGUUCCAUUGACCUUCAUUACCAGCAAAUCAGGCUCAGUUCAAAGAUUUUUGCUGAAGACAGAAACAGAUGAGCUCAUCCUUCCAGAAGAGGUAGAAUGGAUCAAAUUUAAUGUUGGAAUGAAUGGUUAUUACAUUGUGCAUUAUGAGGAUGAUGGAUGGGAUUCUCUGACUGGCCUUUUAAAAGGCGCACACACAACAAUCAGCAGCAAUGACCGGGCCAGUCUCAUCAACAAUGCAUUUCAGCUCGUCAGCAAUGGAAAGUUAUCAAUUGAAAAAGCCUUGGAUUUAACCCUGUACUUGAAACGUGAAACUGAAAUUAUGCCAGUGUUCCAAGGUUUGAAUGAGCUGAUACCUAUGUAUAAAUUGAUGGAGAAAAGAGAUAUGAAUGAAGUGGAAAAUCAAUUCAAGGCCUUUCUCCUGCGGCUGCUGAGAGACCUCAUUGAUAGUCAGACGUGGACAGAUGAGGGCUCAGUCUCCCAGCGCAUGCUGCGGAGUCAGCUGCUGCUCCUUGCAUGUGUGCGCAAGUAUCAGCCCUGCGUGCAGAGGGCAGAAGCCUACUUCAGAGAGUGGAAGGAAGCCGAUGGAAAUUUGAGCCUGCCCAACGACGUGACCUUGGCAGUGUUUGCUGUGGGGGUCCAAAACCCUGAAGGAUGGGAUUUUCUUUAUAGAAAGUAUCAGUCAUCUUUGUCUACUUCUGAGAAAAAAAAAAUUGAAUUUGCCCUCAGUAUUAGUCAAGAUGAGGAAAAGCUUCAGUGGCUACUAGAUGAAGGUUUUAAGGGAGAUGUAAUAAAAAUUCAAGAGUUUCCACAUAUUCUUGGAGCUGUUGGUAGGAACCCGGUGGGAUAUCGAUUGGCCUGGCAGUUUCUGAGGGAAAACUGGGAUAAACUGAUAGAAAAGUUUGAACUUGGCUCAUCUUCCCUAACCUAUAUGGUAAUCGGAACAACAAGUCAGUUCUCCACAAGAGCACGGCUUGAAGAGGUAAAAGAAUUCUUCAGCUCUUUGAAAGAAAAGGGUUCUCAGCUACGUUGUGUCCAGCAAACAAUUGAAACCAUUGGGGAAAACAUCCGUUGGAUGGAUAAGAAUUUUGAGAAGAUCAGAGUGUGGCUACAAAGCGAGAAGCUUGAACUGCUCUAACAGUUUGUUCCUCGCUGGUUCCUGUGAUGUGUGAUUGCUAAAAUGUUGUCAAAUGUGAUUAUUUUCAAAUUAGAGAUGAUUGUUUUGGCUCCAUUGAAGAUACUGCCUUUUCCUUCCUCAUUGGACUAUUCCUAUGAAAAGACUGGCUACUCAAUUGUCCAUCGAUGGGUUACUGCUGCUGUGUCUUUUAUUGAUAGGUGUUGCCCUGCAAUGUUAACCCAAGGGGUGGGUGGGUUCCCUACUGUGGAGGAGUACCUUAUUCCUUGUUUCCUUAUACUUAAGCCUUGUGCUUUCCAAAGCCCUGCUCCCCAUGUGUGUGUCAUCCAUAAGCUAGUCACUGUCCCCUAAAGACUUGUGAAUAGUGGGGGCUGCUGAACAAUGAACGCUUGGAUCGGUGACCCAGCCAGUACAUUCCACCUUUCCCUUCCCUGCUGCAGGCCCAGAGGCUGACCUCUAGGCCCAUGGCCUCAGGCUUGUUGGCUCUCUGACUUUUGGUCAGUCUCCCAGCAGGCAGGUGGGAGCUGGGGUAGGAGAGAGUACAAGGGGGUGUUUUAUUACCCUGGUUCCCUGGCUGACCUCCACCCAAACUAGCUCCUGAGAGGUGGCCCUCUUUCCCUCACAGUCCUUUCAACGUCUUCCUUCUUACAGCAGCUUCCUCCUCUCAUCCCUCCAGGCCGAGGGAGGGGUGGAGUGAGUGCCUGGCUUUGGACGGGCCCUGGUGGUACCUGUGGGCUCCUUCCAUCCUACCCUCAUCUUUGUUGAGGAAAAAAAAAUUUUUUGGAACCCUCCUCAAAUAAUCCUGAGUGUGUGGUCUACUU